AGCUGUUUUCAAAGCAAACAAUCAUUUUCAUUGUUAUUGCGGAGCACUUGACGAUCUCUCUUUGUUUUUUUCAUUUCAUUGUUCUUGCUUUACUCGUCCUUUCUUUUUCAAUCGUGGGCGCUAUUUUGGAGUGGCACGCUAUCUCGGACUAGCGUGGGGACGCUGACCAGAAAAGGAAAGCAAACACGCAAGAGAAGAAGGCGGUGCCGCGCGCACACUCACACACGCACACAGCGGGGUCGAAGCGGCAUCUUUCGCUUUUUCGUUUCUGCACACACUCGCAGGCGGCACGUAUCGAAGCUGAUAACAGUUUAUGAAGCGUAACGAUAUUACUCCCCGCAAAAAUACCCCUCUCUAAAAACAACAACAACAAAAGAAAAAAUAUCAAGACAGUACGGUGAUCGAAAGUGCUGAAUGGCAUUAGGACCAACGCAUUCGUUUUGCCGGUUGCUGAGGAGAAGCAAUACCUUCAGCGGACGCCGUGGAUGGAUGGAUCCUUGACCGGCUUGAGGAGCUUCACAGGUCGCUGGGCAGCGAUUACCAACACGCAACUCUUCGUUUCUGUGUGUGUGUGUGUGUGUGUGGAAAGGGUUGGUGAAGCGGUUUACGGCUCAACGUGCUGAACGAUUGAAAGCAUGUGAACUUAUUAUUGUUAUUAUCGAACACGACGGAAGUGUUGAUGAGGUCCGAAUGGAGGCCUUCAGCUUACAGCGCACUCGAAACCUUUUUCCGUUGUUUGCGUUCUCUCCCUCCUGUAUCAUCACUUUUUCGUCUGUUUUCUUCUUUUCCUUUCCCUUUCGCUCCUUUGCUUGCGUUGCACCGAUAACCUACGCGGCUACACUUCACACAACUGCAUUCCGUACUCAUUCACAUACACAUACGAAUAUUAUAUAUAUGUUCAUCUUCCAAAGCAGUACAAGAGAUCUCUGCCGAGCAGAGUUGUGCCUUUUCUCUUGAUAUUCAUAUUCACAUUCCCAAUCUAAGCGCCGCCGAAAGAGGUGGGCGGCUGCUCUCGGCAGGUAUUUUCGAUACAACUGUUAUUUUCCGUUUUAACCGGCUUCCUUCUCAUUUUGGGCCGUACCGACUUGUCUUGAUACACCCAAUCAAACGGGCGCCUUUCUUUGCCUUCUUCUUCCUGAUUGGGGUAGUGCCUGUAUUAGUCAGCUUCGACGCCGUGCUGAGCGUUUCUGCUUCGCCACAGACUUUCAAGCUUGGUGUUGUCUGCUGGCAGACCUGCAGAUUGUGCUCGGUCUCUAUUUCUGUUUUUUUUUCGCACGGCUUCUUGCGUACAGCGCGCUACACCACGGCAGAGGAGCUUUCAAGCGCUUGGUAGCAAAAUCAAUGUAUGAGUUUCUUUUUUCUUCUCUUUGGCUCAGAGCUUUUUCGCUUUGUUUCUUUCGUUUUCCCUAAUCUGCACAUUUUACUCACUUCUGCUUGUUUUCUCUUUGGCAUGUGGCUUUGGGGUCUUUUUCUUUUUCUUUUGGUUGUUUUUUGUGCUUUCUUCACCACCUUGAAAGUCUUCUCUUCUUAUUUUCAACUGUGAACAGCCGCUUUCUUCGCUUUCCUGUUUUCGUUUUUCUCCCUUUUUGUUUUGCUAGAGUAAAUAAUUCCUUCUAUGUGUCUGCUUCUUCGCUUUCGUUUGUGAACUUUCUGCGCUCUGCCGCUUUUCCCUCUUUGGAGCCUUCCUGCUCUGCGGCUCAAAUUCCUUUUCUUUUGGCGAAGUGUGUGUAGUCGUUUUUUUUUUAGUAUUACUUUUCGUUUGUUUACGUUGAGUGUGUUGCCGUCACUGUGCGUGGUGUACCGGUGUUCUCCUUUUUUACAAAUAAGAAUUCAACUCAAAGCUUCCCCUCCUCCAUCCUCUUUCCCCCCUUUUCCGUUUUGUGAGGUGUCGGCGUUUGCAGUGACGCGUUGUGUAUUUCCCUGCCCGCCAUCGCACGCCGUUUGGCGUUCUUCGUUUUCUCCCCUCUCCGUCUCUCUCUCUUUAUUUUCUUUGUUCGGUGUGUUGUAUGCGAAGUUGCCACGCCCCGACUAUUAUUAUUAGUAUUAUCUUGCUGCUGAUUUCUCUCUCGCUCUCCUUUGAAGAUGGCCGAGAGAGGUAGAGAGGAAAUCUCCUCCACCCAGUCCGUGCCUUCUCGCCUCGAUGUUAAUUCACUUCCCGCUGACGCGCAGAGGGAAGAUAGUGCAGCUGCACAACUGAUACGCAACGGUCUAACCCAACAGCACCUUCCACAUUACGUGUUUCCAAGCUCUGUCCGCUCCAAUGGCGAGGCCGACGACUACUCCGUCGACGGCGGCGACGGCGGUUGUGAGGGGGAGUCGCCACGGCUGGCGCGGUCCAACUCCGUGUCCUCUACCACCAGUUGGUAUUCCCCCUCGAAGCGUCGUGCCGGCCUCGGCACGCAGCGUCGCAACGCCCUUCUCUUUCGCAGCGUGGACUUCAAGCAGUUCGACUCCCCCACCCCAAACGCGAAGCGCCGCAAGAGUACUGGCGGGGCAGCAGCCACCCCCAAAGUUUCGAGCGACUCCGAGGACGGCAGUGGGGGCUAUGGUAGCAGCAGUAGCAGUAGUGGUAGCGACAGCAUGGACAGCAGUUCCGUAGAAAGCAUAUCGACUGAGGACGACCGCAGCGAUUCCCGCCACGCCUCCUCGCUGAGCAGGACAAACCUGGCGGUUGCGUCCCCUCUGGAUCAACUCUUUGCGGUGGUGGCGCGCAGUACGCGGCAGCUGUGGCGGCGCAAGUUGGAUCUGCUGCUCGAGGUCGUCGUGCCGCUCAUCUUCAUCGCCGUGUCCAUCGCCCUGUGGGCCAUCUGGGGCAACGAGUACAACAAGGAGAUGCAGUACCUCAACUACUCCGAGAUUAGCGUCACAGAGAGCACCAUCGGCGCUGCCGGGCUCACCAUCCCGGUUGUGUACGACUUUACGUGUAUUAGGCAGCCAGCAGGGACGGGCGUGUUUCCGUACUUCACGACGUGCCCGAACAACCCGAAUGUAAUCUGCGAUGGCGACCCGACCUUCCUGCCGUUCCCCGAGGGCACACGUAUUUGCCGAUUCAACUACACGUACAUCUCCAACUGGGAGACCCUCAUUUCGGCAUCGCUGCAGUUCUACUGGCGGAGGCUGACGGCAAUCCCCACCUUGGACGCCCUUAUCUCUUUCCAGUGGACCGUGCUGACCUCGUACAAGGAGAUAAUCCCGCUCAUCUCCGCCACCAUGGGGGGUCUCGCAGCGAACACCCGCUUUAGCUCCAUCCUCUGCUCUGGCACCCUCUACUUCGUUGGCCCUUCCGACGCGACGGCCCAGCUGAUCACGUACAUGGACAAAACCUCGAAGUUGUUCACUUACGUGGUAGACAGGACGGUGUACAGCUCCGUCGCCGCUGCUCGAGCAGCCAGUAGAGCGAAAGAGAACGGACGGUUGUGGGCCAUCGUGGAGCUGCGGCAGGUGGAUGCGAUGGGGCUCGAUCUGGUGCUCCACAUGAACAACUCCGCCCUGCCCUCCUUCGGCACAACCUACGACGACGCCUACAGCGGUGGCGUGCUCUUUGACACCGCCGAGCUGUACGUCCUCUCCGGCUUCAGCACCCUGCAGCAGCUUGUCUCCGAGUUCUACCUCAACUCAUUUCACAAGGCAGGUAUGGACAAUACGCAGAUGAUUGUCGCGGCGGGCACCCCGGCCUUUUACCGUAGACCGCUGCUGAUCAACGCGCGGGAGGUCCUCCCUUUAAUAUACGUGCUCGCCUUCCUGUACAGUGUGUCUCAGCAGGUGAAGCGCACGGUGCUAGAGAAGGAGCUGCGCAUCCGGGAGGCGAUGCUCAUCAUGGGCCUGAAGCAGUGGACGCUGUACGUGAGCGACUUCGUUGUCCAGCUAUUUAUCUUCGUCAUGACGUGUAUUCUGUGCACCGUCAUGCUGAAGACAACGUACGUUACCAAGAGCGACCCGAUGGUACUCUUUUUAAUCUUCUUCAUCUUCGCCCUGACGACGAUCCCGCUGUCCGGCAUCAUCGCCGCCUUCUUCAGCAAGGCCCGACUCGCCUCCCUCGUCGCCCCUGUGAUAUACUUUAUCCUUGUUAUUCCCAUGUUUGCCAUGGCUAACGCUAAAGGUUCGAUCGUUACCGGCUUCUCCAUGUUUUCGCCCAGCGGAUUCGCCGCGGCGCUCAACGUGUUUCUCGUCCACGAAACGGGGAGCGGGUGCGGGAGGCGUGAAAUCACCUCCUCGCACGACGACCCGACGAUGGCGGUCAUCCUCGGGAUGCUGACGGCGGACUUCUUCCUCUACUACCUGCUGAUGCUCUACCUGGACGCCGUGGUGCCGAAGGAGUGGGGCACGCCGAAGCACCCGCUGUUCUUCGUUCUGGACCCCAUCGACUGGUGCUUCCAGCGCAAGCACAAGCGGCUGGAGGGCGGCCCCGACGGCCGUGCGGAGAACGGCGUGUUCGAGACGACGGACUACGCGGACGACGUCGUGUCGUUCGACGGCCUGCGCAAGGAGUACACGCGCGGCGGUGAGAGGUUCCUUGCGGUGAACAACCUGUACUGGGGGAUGCAGGAGGGCGAGAUCUCCGUGCUGCUGGGCCACAACGGCGCCGGCAAGACGACGGUGCUGAACAUGAUGACGGGGAUGACGGAGCCGGACGAGGGCGACUGCUACAUCUACGGGCACUCUGUGCGCACGGAGAAGAGCGCUGUGCGGCAGCUGCUGGGGUUCUGCCCGCAGCACAACAUCCUGUGGUCGGAGCUGACGUGCCGCGACCACCUGGAGUUCUACGGGAAGAUCAAGGGGCUGAAGGGGUGGGAGCUGGAGGACGCGAUCUGCGGCAUGCUGUUCGAGACGGACCUGCUGGACAAGAUGGACCAGCCGGCCGGCCGCCUCUCUGGUGGCAUGAAGCGCAAGCUGUCGAUUGCGAUCGCGUUCGUGGGCGGCAGCCGCCUGGUGUUUCUCGACGAGCCGACUGCCGGCCUGGACGUCGGCGCGCGGCGCCAGGUGUGGGAGCUGCUGAAGCGCAUGGCGCAGUCGCGGACGCUGCUGCUGACGACGCACUACAUGGACGAGGCGGACCUGCUGGGCAGCCGCAUCGGGAUCAUGAGCCAGGGCCGUCUGAAGUGCACGGGCAGCAGUCUGUUCCUGAAGUCGCGCCUCGGCGUUGGCUACAACAUCGUCAUCUCCAUCGACCCCGAGAUCGACGCGGCCAGCGUGGACGACGCGGUGCUCGGCGCGGUGGCGGGUGCGACGGUGCUGGGGCACAACGGGUGCGAGUUGAGCUAUCAGCUGCCGUCCAGCAGUGUGGAUCAGUUCCCCGCCUUGUUGAGCGAGAUCGACUCCGUGGAGGCGGAGGGUAUUCGCGGCUACGCCUUGUCGGCGACGACGCUGGAGGAGGUGUUUCUGAAGGUGUCGGAGGAGGACUUGGAUUUCCGCGGCCGCGGAACGGAGGAGGGCGACGUGGAGCUGAUCUGGAGCUGCGAGGUGACGACCUCUGCGCUGUGGUCGCAGUUCCGCGCGAUCAUGGAGAAGCGCCUCUGGAACGCGCUGCGUGACCGUCGGAUGCAGUGCUUCCAGAUCGUGUGCCCGGUGCUGUGUAUCCUGAUUGCGAUGUUGCUGAGCCUGGUGCAGUACCGUACCCCGCAGACGCUCUCGUUGACGUACGAUAUGUUUAGGCAGCAGCCGCGAUCUGUGAUGGACACCGCCUUCUGCUACCAGAUGUGGGGCACCGAGCCGUACGACGAAGGCUUUACCGUGAACGAAACCUACUUCCAGACGGCGGCGAUGUUGUCGGAGAUGCUGCUGGACACGUGGUAUGUGCACGCAGAGCCGCGCUACGGUGCUGUGUCCUGCUUGGAUGCGAACAUGACGUACACAUUGCAGGGGCAGCAUGCAUGGCGCGGGAACCACGUGAAUGUGUUUCUGUAUAACAGCUCCUCGUAUCAUCAAGUGGCGCUGAACUUUGCCUCCUUUUACGACCUCUUCCUCAAGCACUUCAAAGGAUCCGAUGCCUACAACAUGAAGUACACCGCAACGCUCUUUAAUAAACCCUCCACCACCUCGCAGCUCAGCUUCGUCUUCAUCGGCGCGUUGAUCAUGGUCCCCUUCACCUUCCUGCCCUCCAACCCGGUGGCGUGGAUCGUGAAGGAGCGGCAGUGCGGGGCGCGGCACCUGCAGAACCUCUGCGGGCUGAACUUCUUUGUGUACUGGGGGGCGAGCUUCCUCUUCGACAUGGCCGCCUACUUCAUCACGAUGCUGCUGUGCGUUUUGAUAUUCGCCUGCUUCAACCGACAGGAGUUCACCGCGCCGGAUCGCGUCGGUGGUACUUUUGUGCUGUUCAUCGUGUACGGCUUCACGAGCACGGCGUUCGGCUACUGCCUCAGCUUUCUGUUUCGGGAAAGCACCACUGCCCAAAGUGUUGUCAUGGGUGUGAGCUUCGUUGCUGGCUUUCUUUUGUUGAUGAUCGUUUACGUCCUCUCGCUUGACGCCGAGAAUGUAAGUAUUGCGAAUAAAAUGCGUUGGGGCUUUCGCGUCAUCCCGUCGUACUGCAUCGGCGAGGGCAUCGUUAACUUGCUGACCCUCACCGGCAAGGUGAAUAUCGGCUCCGCGACAGGUGUGUGGGACAUGGACCAGCUCGGGUGGUCGCUGGUGUACAUGACGGCAGAGUUCCCUGCCCUGUGCAUCAUCACACUGCUGGUCGACCACCCGGCGGUGGGGAGCCUCUGUCAGCGUCUGCGCUACCGGCGCGGUGCGGCACCAAUUAUCCCGAGUGAUGAAGACUCGGACGUGGAGGACGAGCGCGAGGCGGUGUACGAGGCCGAGAGCGACGUCGAGGACGCGACGGACGUGGUGCGUGUGGUGAACUUGCAGAAGAAGUACUCGAACGGGAACGUGGCGGUGAAGGGCAUCACCUUCUCCAUCUUCCCCGGCGAGGUCUUCGGCCUGCUGGGCACGAACGGCGCGGGAAAGACGACGACGAUAUCGAUGCUGUGUCAGCAGUUCCUGCCCACCGGGGGCAGCGCGUACGUGUGCGGGUACGACAUCGUAACGCAACGUGCGGCUGCGCUGCAGUGCAUCGGCUACUGCCCGCAGUUCGACGGGACGCUGGACCUGCUGACGGUGGAGGAGCAGCUGCAGAUGUACGCGGGGAUCCGCGGUAUUGCGCGUUGGCAGUGGGGUGCGCUGGUGGAUGCGCUGUGCACGCUGUGCGAGCUGACGACGUACCGCAAGACGGUGACGGGCGAGCUGUCGGGCGGCAACCGGCGCAAGCUGUCGGUGGCGAUGUCCCUGGUGGGUGGGCCGCUGGUGCUGUUCCUGGAUGAGCCGUCCGCCGGCAUGGACCCCGUAGCGCGGCGCGGGAUGUGGACGGCGAUCCAGCGCGCGGCGAAGCACUGCUCCGUUGUGCUGACGACGCACCACCUGGAGGAGGUGGAGGCGCUGGCGGACAUCGUCGCGAUCAUGGUGCGCGGGUAUAUCCGCUGCAUCGGCGACAAGGUGCACCUGAAGAACAAGUUCGGCAGCGCGUUCGAGGUGAGCGUGCGGCUGUCCUCUGCGCGACACGCCGACGGCUUCGUUGCUUUCAUGAAGGGCGAGUUCCCUGACGCGAAGAUGAACGAGGGCGACGGCCGCCGCUUUGUGUACCAGCUGCCGCGUGAUCGCGGGUUCGGCGACAUCUUCGAGGUGUUCCAGACGAGCAAGAAGGAUCUGCACAUCACCGACUACAGCGUGUCGCAGACGUCGAUUGAGCAGGUAUUCUUGCUCGUACGUGAAGAGGCCAUGCACCUCACUCAGUAG